AUGGGCGGUAAAGGGGAGGACGAUGACGACCACAAGGGUCAGUCGCCGCCGUCACAGCAACAGCAGGCGCAGGACGCCAAGGAAAAGGCCGGGAAGAAUUCGUCAUGCCAUUGGACCCCUGAGGAGGAUAAGAUUCUGCUGAACCACGUGAUGCGCUACGGCAGCCGCUACUGGGGGCUGCUGCAAGCCACGGGGCAGCUGCCUCAGCGGGACCAGAAGUCAUGCUGCAACCGCUUCCUGCUCCUAAAAAAGCGAUGUCUCGGGACAACAUCUGCGGUGGUCGUGGAUGCUUCUCACGCCGCAGCGGCUCCCGCGCAGCCCGCCGCACAAACUCCGUCAGCACCGUCAGCGUCGCCAGCACCGUCAGCACCAGCAUCACCGGCACUGCAAUCAGCGCCGGUAGCAUCACCGUCCCUCCCGUCUCCCACUCUCUCAUCACCAGCACCCGCAGCGGUGUCAGCAGCUGUCGGAUCUGCCGCCCUUACCGCCACGCGCAUCCAGCCGUCAGCGCCGGCCUCGUCUCCCGCCAGUGGGCCGCGUGCGGGGUCGUCCAGUGCCCCAGUAGGCCAGUCGACGACGUUAACACAACCUGACGUUCGUGCGACAGAGCAAGCAGUCGAUCAAUGUGCUCCCGGUGGCCAUGUCCCGUCGGGAAAGGACGUUUCCUCACCGCGCGCGCUCGUAAACGCAGCGGCUGUAGGCGGAGAAGUUGCGGGUACUGCGCAGGUGCGGGUGAAAGCGGAAGAGGAUUCGGCAGUGAUGGCGGGAAGAACGUUGGCGGAUGCGGUAGCAGAAGCAGCCGCGGCGGCACUUCCGGCGCGGAGCGGUGUUGCGUGCGGUGGCGCGGGAGUGAAGGCGGAGCAGUGCGAUGCUGCCGGAGAGAGCGGGGUGUCUGCUUGUAGCGGGGAUGAAGGUGUAGCAGCAGGCGGUUCUGCUGCUGCUGGACCUGCCACGGUUGCAUCUACCAGCGGUGCUGGUGGCAGCGGCAGCAACGGCGGUGCGCGUAUGGCGCCCGUUCUUCUCACCAGUGUCACACCGGACCUCAUGUCCGCGGGGGCCGCAGUGGCCGCCGUGCCGCUGCCGUCGGUCAUCGCCACGCCGUCGGAGCGCAAGCGCAACAACAAGGUCGUCGCGUGCCGCAUCGCGCUGCUGCUACAGCAGGUCACCCCGCGCCCUCCCUCCGCGCCCACCGCAUCCGCUGCCGGGGGGGCUUCUGCUGCGGGCGCCACUGGUGAUUCUUCCGCCGCCGCGGCUGGCGGAUCCGGUGAUUCCGCUCCCGCGCUGGCCGCGUCUGCGCCAUCGUCCAUCCGCGCGUCGCCAUCAGCAGUAGGGGGCCCGUCCACCUCCACGGUUGCUUCCGCUGUACCCGCUGCUUCCGCUGCCCCCGCGCCAUCACCGCUAGGUUCCGCCGCGCCCGCGCUCCGCUCCGGAUCUGGAGCAGCCGGACAAGGGUGGAAGUGCGUGAAGAUGGAGGGUGCUGACGUGGGCAGCGGAUCUUCCGCUCGUUAUAAUCACCACAUCCCGCCUGGUCAAUGUGGUCAGCAGCAGCAGCAGCAGCAGCAGCAGCAGCAGCAGCAGCAGCAGCAGCAGCAGCAGCAGCAGCAGCAGCAAAAUGCAGCUUUUUACCAGGGUCAACAGGAGCAACAGCAUCAACAGGGUCAACGGAGUCAACAGGGCGUGUGCAGCUUCCCGAAUAUAGCCGCGAACCAACAGAGUGCGCACACAAGCGAGAAGGGCCGCGCGGGGACGCGCCCGGGAGCUGCGAAUACCGACGACGCUACGCCGCCAGCACCGCCUUUAUCCCCCGCGUUCCCCGAUUCUUCCCCCGACCACCUUGUGCGCUGCCACUCCGAGCCCUGCGCCUCCGCCGUUCCGCAUGCACCCGCCUCAACCGCUUCCGCCUCGCCGUUCUUUCCGCCGCAGUACCAUCGUCCUUCCCCCGCUGCCAGCCUUCCCGCUUCCACCUCCCCUUACCCCUCCCGCUGCCCUGCUUCUGCCGCUGGCGCACGACUGACCGCCGCGCACUCCGCGCAUGUGUCCCCGUCCGCGGGGACUUACGCUGCGACAGCCGCUGCAAGCGCGGAGAACGGUACCCCACCGGCCGCGCACCUUAUUUCCCCGUUCAGCCAGCCGCCCGCUACUCCCACGUUUAUCCCCGCUUCCUGCCCUUCCGCCAACCGCGCGCUCUCCCCGCUCCUCCUCUCCCCGGCCGCCUUUCCGCUCGACGAUCCCGCGCCCGUUUUCUCGUGCAACUUUCACCCUCCCGCCGUCACCGACGCACGACCGCUGCCUCCGCCGCUUCCGCAAUGCGCGGAGCAUGCCCCCCCGGGUCAUUCCCUGGGGCGGAGACCGCGCAGGCUAGCUUUCGGCGGCACUUCCGCCGCAACUCCCGGCGUCUCUUCCGCUGGACCCACUGGCCGUCCUCCCGGUGUCUCUGGUGUCGAUGCUGACGUCAUUACAGGCAGCAAGGCGAUGGGCGGAAGAGCGGGUAUCGCGCGGCGGAAGCGGCUGGCGUGCAGCAGCAGCACUGGCGGAAGCAGCAGCGUGGGGCGCGGGGAUGGCGGAAACGAUGCGGGUGAUGUCGCGGGGCAUGAGAUGGCGCCGGCGGACGGCGCUGGCGCUGGUGCUGCGCGGGGAACGACGGCGGAAGCGGAGGAGGAGCAGGGAAGAGCGGACGGGGGAGAGGCGCUUGGGGAUGCUGGGCGGAGCGGAAGCAGCAGCGAGCAGACCGGAGCGGGUGGUGGGGGGGAAGGGGAGUGGGAGCGAGGAGCGAGAGGCGACGUGAAGCGACACGCCGUGGAGACCGCGUCACGGCCCGGCAGCCCUUCGCACGCCCCUCUCGUUCUUCUCGCGCCGCAUGGUGCCCUGCCCGCUGCCACCGCACAUGCCGCUGUGGGUGGACACAUGUCCUCCGCCGUCGCUGGCUCUAUCACGCGCAGCCCGGGGAGCAGCGGGUCAGCGUUCUCCCCCGCCAUGCGCGCACAGCAGGCGCAGCAGCAGCUGCACAGAUGCGACGGAUAUGGAACCCACGCGCACGCGCAUGCACACACACAGGCGCUUGCGUGCGCUCACGGACAGUCGCCCAUUGUUCACAACGCGCCCACGCCUUCCUUUCCUUCCCCAUCGCCGGCACCCCCACCAACCUCAGCACCAAUGUCCCCUAACCCCCGGCUGGGCCCUUCUCGAAGCGCGCCCGUGACGCCCGCAUCAGGGUCGUCCGCCCUCGGCGCGCAUCAUCACCGGCAGCAGCAGCAGCAGCAGCAGGAGGAGGCGCAGCACGCGGCGCUGCACAAGAGCACGUCGGCGGACUCGUUCCUGGCGGGUAUGCGCUGCCUGCUUCCCCUGGGUCGCACCACCUCGCACCGCUGGUUCGCCCCCGCCGCUGCGCCGCUCGGCGAUGCGCCUCUUCCGCCACCGCAAGCGCCGCACCCCGUGGGGGGGCCUUCUAGCGUGGCGGCCGCAGCAGCGGACGACAUGGCGGUGUUCUCGCUGCCCUCGCCGCACCACCCGCUUGCCGCCGGUCGCCUACGCCCCCGCGCUGCGCCGCCUCCGCCGCUCUUCCUCUCCGCCUCCUCCUCCGCGUCCUCGCUUCAAGCGCUGGUGGAGGAAUCAUUCCCGGGCGGCCUGCGCCCUGCUGCGCUCGCUGCCGCGGCUGCCACUGGUGCCGCUGCUGCUAAUACCCCUGCCGCCACGGCCGCUGCUGGUGGCGCAGGUGCGGCACCCCCGCUGGCUGCACGCGCGAGCGGUUUCGAGGUUGCGCCUCUUGGCGCGGGCGAGCGGGAAGGCGCAGGCGCAGGCGCGGUGUGCGAGGUGAUGAGCGCGGAGGACGAGGAGGCGGAGCAGGAACGCAUGGCUGCGCGCACCCUACUCCGCGUGCUGGAGCUGUGGCCGCAUGCCAUGCUCGCAUUCGGAGGGGAGGGAGAUGAGGAGGAGGAGGAAGGGGAGGAGGAAGGGGAUGGAGCAGGAACAAGUGCUCCGGCAACUGCUGUCACCACUACGAAUGCCGCUCCCACUGCCACUGCUCGUGCCCGCUCCCCACUGUCCCGACCCAUCCCUCCUGCCUUUUCAACUCUCACUUCUGCUCUUCUCGAUUCCCAUACUGCUGCCUGCUCCCGCACUGCUGCUUCCUAUGCUGCUGCCCUUCCUGCUCCUGCUACUGCAGCUGAUGUCACUGCUGCUGCCAGCCCAGCUUCAAGUCCUGGGGGUACCGCUGCUGCGACUCCUGUGGGCACUGGCGCUACGACCAGCACUCUUGUCUCACACAAAGAGCUCCACCAGGGAGAGGUCGUCAGCGCUCUGCACACUGCUGCUGCUGCUGCUCACGCGAGCAGCGCGGCACGGCAGGAUGGCGUAGCAGUCAAGGGCGGGGAGGCAAAAGGUGCAGAUGGCAGUGACGGGCAGCAGCAGCAGCAGCAGGCUCUUGGAGGUGACUUGCACUUGGGCCGAGGUAGGGACGCAAGGAGUGGCGGGAAUGGCACGGAGAUGAGUGGACGGCAGGUGAAGAUGCUGCCACAGCAGGCAGAGGAGGAUGGCAGGCACGAGAGGCAGGUGUUGGGGCAGAAGCGCGUGAACCCGGCGCCCCUGGACCUGCCUGUUGCCAAGCGACUGGCCAUGGCCACCCACAUGCCCCUCCGCCAUGCUGUUGUGGCUGCUGCUGCACCUGCUGCUGGGGAGGCGUCUGCCAGCACCGCUGCUGCUGCCGCCGCGGCUGCUGCUGCUUUGGGGCUUUCAGCUGCUACGGCUGUGGAUACUUCUCACAGUGGUGGUGGUGGUGCUGUGAAUGCGCUGGUUGCGAAUGGCAGCAGUGGCCGGGUUGGUUCAGGAUGGGGGGUGGAGGAAGAGGACAGCGAAGAGGAGACAGCUGUCCCCAUCCAUCAGCAGCACCACCACACAACACCUGCUCUUGCAGCGUUUACAACCAGUGCUACAACCGGCACUGGCGGCACUAGCAUGGGAACAGCAGCACACACGGCCGCAAGUCAUGAAGCAUCAGCUGUGGCAGGCAGCAGCAAGUUGGCGAGGGGCGCGUGUGGCAACAGCAGUAGCAGCAGCAGUAGUAGCAGCAGUGCAGGGGCGGGGAGCGGAGUGAGUGAGAGUGUGAUGGAGUACCUGCAGACCAUGGACGACCUCCCAGGCGCGUCCGUGCUGCUGCUGGACAAGACCAGUGACUUAGACAGUGACCACCAUGGUGCCCUGCCGGGCAGCGGUGCCGUGGGCGGCGAGGCAGCUGGAGGGGGACUCCAGCAUGCGGAAUCACCUGCUCCGCCUGGCCCGUUCCUCUCUGCGUCUAUUGCUGCGGCUGCUCUUGCUGUUGCUGCCACUGCUGGUGGUGGUGGCAAGGCAGUGUGUGAGGCGAUGGCAGUGCAGGAGGAGGGGGGGGCAGCAGGAGGUGCCGUGGGGGGGUGGCACAUGGACGUGGACUCUGCACCGCCUGCUGCUACCGCCGCCGCACACACAGCUGCUGCUGCCCCAACCACCAAGCACGCGGUGCUACCACCUGCGGCUGCAGGCUGCCUGGGGAAGGCCUCUCAUACGCCUGACGCCUGUGUGACUCUUGCUGCCUGGCCGCACCUGCAUGCUGCUGGCAUAGCUGGCAGGGGAGCCGUGGGUGCUGCUGCUGCUGGUGGUGGAGGGGCGGUGGGUGCAGGGGUGGAGAGGAGCAGGGCGCGCGGCAGCUUGGGGGGGUGCUGCUUGGAUGUGGAUGCACAAGGGGUGGGUGCACGCACACACAGUGUCACUGCCUGUGCCUCCAACCUUGGCUUCUGA